CGGCUUCCGCUCCUUUAUGGUGAAGCCGUCACUUCCGUUCCCCCCCGCGGCGCUGCCCGGCUCCUGACGCGGCUUCCGGUCUGUCCCCCGAGCAGACCCAGAGCCUCCCGCGCUGGGGACCCGGCAGCGGCCGGAGCAGAUCCUGACCAUGACAGAUGGGCUCAUGAGCAAAGCUGCCACCAUGGAGAUCCCCAUCAACGGAGCCGGGGACACAGGGAGCCUGCCGGAGGAUGAUGGCCUGGAGCAGACUAACACGGCUGCUACACCGAAACCUGUUUUGUCUCUGGAUCUUCUGUCGAUCUGGGACCUGCAGCAGGUGAUGGUGUCGGGGCCCAACCUGAACGAGACCAGCAUUGUGUCGGGGGGCUACGGGGGCACCGCCGAGGGGAUUAUCCCCACCAGCACUGUCAAAGGCCCUGCGGUGCAGUAUAACACCUCCUUCCCGGGACUGCGGCUCCUUCAUGCACAAGGCUCCGGGCUGCACCCACCCCACCCCAGCUCCUUGGCGACAGGAGACGAGGCCGCCCGGGGCAUCGCUGUGGAGAAGUUUGAUAUUGUCAAGAAAUGGGGCAUCAACACAUACAAGUGCACCAAGCAGCUGAUCUCGGAGCGCUUCGGCCGGGGCUCGCGCACGGUGGACCUGGAGCUGGAGACGCAGAUCGAGCUGCUGCGCGACACGAAGCGCAAGUACGAGUGCGUGCUGCAGCUGGGGCGGGCGCUGACCCACCACUUUUACAGCCUGGUGCAGACGCAGCGCGCACUGGGCGACGCCUUCUCCGACCUGAGCCAGAAAUCCCCCGAGCUGCAGGAGGAGUUUGGCUGUAACGCAGAGACGCAGAAGCUGUUGUGUAAGAAUGGAGAGACCCUGCUCGGGGCCGUCAACUUCUUCGUCUCCAGCAUCAACACUCUGGUGAACAAGACUAUGGAGGACACGCUCAUGACCGUUAAGCAGUACGAGACGGCCAGGCUGGAGUACGACGCCUACCGCACAGACCUGGAGGAGCUGAGCAUGAGCCCGCGGGACACCAGCACCCUGUGCCGCCUCGACGCCGCCCAGAGCCACUUCCAGAGCCACAAGGAGAAGUACGAGAAGCUGCGGGCCGACGUGGCCAUCAAGCUCAAGUUCCUGGAGGAGAACAAGAUCAAGGUGAUGCACAAGCAGCUGCUGCUCUUCCACAACGCUGUCUCCGCCUACUUCGCCGGCAACCAGCAGCAGCUGGUGCAGACCCUGCGGCAGUUCAACAUCAAGCUCAAGACGCCGGGCGCCGAGAAGCCCUCGUGGCUGGAGGAGCAGUGAGCGGCUUGAACUCUGAGCUCUGGCCCGGGGCCAGGCUCGUGUGGGCGAGGGGGGCCCGGCUGGGGCCAGUGAGACAAGACCCCCACGGAAGCCCCAAGGCCUGGACCCCGGCUGGGUAAAUGGGGUCUCUCUGCCUCGGGCGGCCCUGGGCUCUGUGCCCAGGUGGGGGCAGGAGAGGUGCCCUGAGCUGCGGCAGGGCUCCCCCAUCUGCACCUCUGCCCUGCGAGUUCGGUGUGCCCAGCCUGGGCUGCUCAUAGGGGUGCAGUGCUUCAGUGGCCCCCCACCCAGUGCAGCUGCAGGGCAACAGGGGUCACUCAUCAUCCCCCAGCCACACGCCGGGGAGGCCGGUGUGUCCUGUCCCCAACAACAGGCCUCAUUCCUUGCGGGGGGCCAGCGUGUCCCGUCCCCCAGCCCCCAACAGGCCUCACUCCUGGGGGGGCCAGUGUGUUCCGUCCCCCAGCCCCCCAAUGGGCCUCACUCCUUGCAGGGGCAGGGGGAGUCUGUGCUGUCCCCCCAGCCCUCUUGGGAGGGGCAGCAUUUCCCUUCCCACUUCAAGGCCUUCUGGGGAGCAGGAGGGGCCAGUGUCUCCUGUCCUGCCCCUGGGGGCCUCACUCCUUACAGCACCGGGGGUGCAGCCCCCAGGCCUCAGUGUUCUCAGGGGGAAGGGUGCAGAGGGGCUGGGAGCCAGGACUCCUGGGUUCUAUUCCAGCUCUGGCUUGUGAUCUGGGGCCAAUCCUUCCCUCCCCUUGUGUAGUUGGUCUCUGGCAUUUCCGGAGGGGGGGGAAUCAGCUGCUUUCAUUACUUCCUCCCCCCUCGGACACACACACUACAGCCCCUUUUUCCCCUGCACUGGGGCAGCAGGGGUCUGGGGGCUGCCCUGCCCCUGGGCUCUAGCCCCCUCCCCCACUGUGGGGCAGGGGGACAGGUUGGGCUUGGCACACUCCUGCUGGCUGCAGCCUUUCCAUUUGCACAGAGCCAGCCUCCUGUGGCCAAUGCUGGCCACUCCAGCAGCACUGGGCUCCUCCUGCUCCUCCAGCAUGCGUGUGUGCGGGAAGGUAGCCAGGUCUGUCGUGUGCUGUCCACGCCGGGGCCCCUCUGCCACCAGGCCAGCGGGGCGCUGUGGCCCUUUCUCCUCUGCCAGGGGAGAAGUGGUUUGGUUUUUUUUGCUAAUUUAAUCCCUGGUUCUACCCCAAACCCCCAACGUCUGUGAAGAUUCCCGAAUAAAAGGGUACGAAGUC